AUGUCAACACCUGCUCUCGCUCCCGUUGAUCCCUCGUCCACAACCCUGGUGACACCUGUGCCCGAUUCUUCUCCUGAUUCGAGCUGCCUGCAGUCGACUCCAGCCUCCAAUCCCAGAGCCAGAGCCAAAGCCCCCGGCUGCGGGUCGCUCAGCCAACAGCCUGCCCACGUUGCUGCGCCCAUUGCAUCAGGACCACUCGACACUAAUGCGUCGACGGCACCCCUUACACCUCCACCUGCGCCUGCGCCCGCGGGCCGGUUAAAACCCCUCGAUGCCUCGUUCCCUCUUCACCGGAUACUCGCUGCCUCCCCGUCUUCUCCCUCCUCUAUUUCACCCUGUUCUUACGGGCCCUCUGUAGUCACCCCCGUCACUGCCUCCUCCGCCGCCUCCACCUCCUCCGUCCUUCGAUCCCGGAGCCCCCAGUUGUCCGAGAGGGAAAGCAUCUUUGCCACACAUUAUCUACCCUCAGACAACGAUGUAAAUAGUAUUCCGGCGGAAAGGGCCGUGGGAGGAGCUUCUUUAAUCCGUCCACAGUUGAAGUCCGCUACAGCUGCAGACGGAUAUCAAACGGGAGAGGGAGAAGAAAGAGAAGGACGACGGCCGCUGCCGCUGCCGCUGCCGCUGGCAACACUGCAGACGUCAGCGGACCGCGGAGCAUCAUCUGCGUGGGAUAAGAGUGCUAAUAACAACCCUAACAGUGAUAACGCCAGAAAUAAUUACAAUAAUACCCCUUUGCAGUUUCCCGACCUUCGACAAGAUGGCAAUGCUUCUUCUCUGUCCACUGACUCCGUGCGGAAGGACAGCCUCAAGUCGAUUUCUUCUUCGCAGCCUUCGUUUCCCCUGUACGCUUCUCCCCCGCCACCCUCGCCUCCCCGACUCUCUUCCCCUCCCCUCUUCUCGAUGAUUACCACUCAGCUUCCGCAGCGAACCUGCGGUGUUGUCCCUGGAAGCGGCGCCAAUGAUGCUGGUGGCAGUGGUGCGACCGUCACCACCUCUAAUCAAUCUCACGGAAUUGAUACCUUCCUCCAACGGCCUUCGCCUACCCCUAAUUUCACACCCGCAGAACACCCGCUACGAUCUAUACGGCUUUCCAGAGCAAGAACCUGGGAUUCCCUUGGAGCCGUCUCCUCCAUCCUCCCGGAUUCCUCCAACGCGGGAGCUAGGCAAACACCUGUCAUGACCACAUCAGCUACGGCUACGACGAGUUCUAGCAAAUCGACGCCCUUGAUGGCAACGAAGCCAUUCCUCAGAGAAAAUAAUACCAGUGCCCAAUCAUCAUCCACAACCUCGACGCAGCAACCCGAUCCAUCCCAGUUCCGUCCCAAGUCCCAGUCCCAGUCUCGGUCAGGGGACUACUCCUCUGAUUCUCGUCGAGAUCUUCCCAUCGCCCGCAGCUCGACCAAGGGUCACCCCUCACACCUAGAGACUUCCAUUGAAGCUGAUCUGGCCAACGCAGAGCCGGCUUCUAACGUUCGGAGUCGCAAAUCAAGCCACUACCUAGGUCUGUUCAAGGAGAAUACAAAAUCUCCAGAGCGCAAAAAACGAGAUGAGCGUCUUGUGGAGCGGAGUGUUAGGGAUCAGGAAUGUCAACUCGGUGGUGACGGUGAUUAUUCUGGCGAACGGGGGAGAGUGUUCCCUAGUGAAAACUCCUCCUCUUCAUCACGUUCUCAGGUUAUACUCCUUCCGCCAGACGUAUCAGAGCCUCACCAGUUACAGCGGGAGGAUGACGAGAAUACGCAUGAUGAGGAUGGAGGGAGUGAUGUAUCUGACGCCACUGAUGCCACUCCUACCCAACGCGCCCGCCGAAACCCUCUUCACUCCGAUAUCGUUGAAGAAAAACCCCGGACUGACAGGUGGAGGAAGGUUCCCGUUGACCUCCUGGAAGAAAUAAAGAGCUACGGCGGCUUCGUUCCUCCUUCGACAAACAGCUUGCCCACUACGAUCAUGGACCGUGGGUCAUCAGCCCUUAUUUUUGGACCAGAUUCCACUUUCGGUAGUAAUUCUGUGGGGUCUGACAGUACACAGCAUCUUAGAGGGACAGGUUCAGAUAGUUACGAGGAUGAAGAACGAAUUUCAUCGGCACUCUACUUUCCACACAAACGUGCCGAUGCAGAGGACGUCGAAGUCGAGGUUGAUAUCGAGCAGCUCAACACCCCAGAGGAAGAGGAACCUCCUGAAGAGGAUCUCAAGCGUUCAUCCAUCCAGAAGAGUCAUGACGGUCUCCCAAGUGAGCCAUUCAACCAUGUGGACAUAUCUUUGCGUUCUGAUGGCAGCACUCGACAUUUCCAUGGAGACCUGCCAACGGCCCCCGAGGGCCAGGUUAGCGAGGGGAACGACCGCUCACUGGCUACGAUUUCAGAGUUCGGCCAUGAAUCGACGUCUGAGUCUGAGUUUGGUUCUGCGGACGAAACCGGGCUUUCUGCACGUGAGGAAGAAUCUAGUUUAACUGACGAUGCUGGUACGAUUCCGGCUGCUUCGACAGCGCACCGUAAUCGCUACCCUACGCACCCUAAACGUAAACAUGCUCAUGGGCCUACUGCUCCGCUUGGAGCUGUUGAGCUCAAACCUUAUCGGCAUCAAGUUGGGGGCCAUACCACCGUAUUUAGAUUUUCUCGACGAGCUGUUUGUAAGCAAUUGAAUAAUCGGGAGAAUGAGUUUUACGAGAGAAUUGAGCGUAGACAUCCGGAAAUGUUAAUGUUUCUAGCAAGGUACAUUGGUGUUCUCAAUGUAACAUUCUCAAAAGGCCCAAAGCGACCAAAGAAUAAGACCGAUGAUAUUGCAGUUGAAAACGGAACUGCCCCCUCCACUUCUACGAACAAUGGCGCCGAGAAAGCCUCGCAAGUUUCGAAAAAGACCAAAGACCCAGAAAGUGCGCGGAUCUUUAGCCAAUCGCAGGUUACGGGCGUCAUUCCGAAGGUGAUCCUUGAGAAUAAUAGGCAUAUAAUUCCGUUAGAUCUCUUUACCUCUGCUGGGUCAGCGAAUAGUGGAAAUACUUCUGGCACCCGAAAAACUGCUGGUUAUGACGACGACGAUGAUGACGAUGACGAUGUCGCACGCAAGUCAACAUCAGCAUCAUCCAUUCGUUCGCAUAUUCCAAAACGACAUGGAGCAAGCUGGGGCGCGACAACUGUAAAUACAAAACUACAGGAACAGGUCCUUCGGGAGGUUUUUGCACCGCCUCCAAUCCACCAUCAUCGGCGCCACUCUCGUGGACAUAACUCCUUCUCCAGACUGCGGGCUGAGACCUCGCGAAGACGAAGCCAUAUUUCGAUAGAUUGUCAGUCUUUACAGAGCGACAGUUCCAUGGGUACUGUGCGUGAAGGAUCAGCCCCCCCGCUUCUAAUGAACCGUAACGAAGACAAAAAAGAGGCCAACUUAUCGUCUUCUUCUGCCUCUACAGUUGUGAAUGGGGAUACCCAUGUGCCAGAGAAAUUAUAUAUAGAAGAAGUACACGGUCGACCUAAGCUCGUGGCUCCCAUUGCCUCGCGGAUACGGCGCCGUCAUUCUGGCGGUGGGCUGGAAAGAAAACGAAGUAUGAGCAAUAGUAAACCUGGGGAACUGGUUUAUUUUGAUGACGAUGGAUAUGGUGGGGAUAAGGAAGAUGAAAUCUUGAAGAUGGAACGGGAUAUGCCACCGCGGCCUGCUUCCGUGGAAUCUGUCAUGAACCCCGCCCUUGGUUUUGACCGGGCUUCUUCUGCUGAUCAGCGCAGUGAGACUACUUUGGAGCUAGCCACUUCGCGACAGAACAAAAAUUUUCCCGUCGCUCCGGAAGCUUCCACGGGGGUUCCUGUACGGCUCCCCGUAAACCCCAAAGAAGCACGGACUACACGAGAUGAACGGGUUCAGUUCUUCCUGCUCCUUGAAGACCUUACUGCCGGCAUGAAUAGGCCGUGUGUUCUCGAUCUAAAAAUGGGUACUCGUCAGUAUGGAAUCGAGGCUACUGAGAAGAAGAAGAAAUCUCAGAGACGCAAGUGCCAAACCACGACAUCGCAACAGUUGGGAGUGCGGCUUUGUGGAAUGCAAGUCUGGAAUAUCAAAAAACAAGAUUAUCUUUUCGAGGAUAAGUAUUUCGGGCGUGACCUCAAAGCUGGACGACAGUUCCAGGAUGCACUCACAAGAUUCUUGUAUGAUGGCGUUAGUUACUCAAGUGUCACGAAGAAGAUCCCUAUUAUACUCGACAAACUCGCUCGGUUGGAAAACAUGGUGCGGCGGCUCCCCGGUUACAGGCUGUACGCUAGUAGCCUCUUGAUCCUCUAUGACGCGGAAAAAUCCGCAGAACCAGAAAAGCCUGAUGAUGUCACGACAACAGGCGAUCGUGACUCUGCCGCAAAACAACAAAGAAAGAAGAAACCAGCCACCGAUGACGGAGAGGGGCACAAUAGUUUUGGCCUUCGCGUGAAAAUUGUCGAUUUCGCCAACUGCAUCACGGGCGAAGAUGGUAUACCACCCGACGCGCCCUGUCCGCCCCAUCGCCCUUGUGAUAUUGAUCGGGGAUACCUGCGCGGCCUGCGCUCGCUGCGCAUGUAUUUUCAGCGCAUAUUGAAGGAGAUUAAGGAAGAGGAUUAUGUAGAGAGGGGGGAAGGGGAGGGGAUGACGUUUUCGCAACGAGGUGGGUCGGGGAUGGCAAUUGGGAGAGAGGUUGGGGAUGAUGAGUAUGAUGGAGCAUUUUGGGAGGAAGGGGUUAUGGAUACAGACCCUGGGGAGGUUAGCCUUUAG